UUUUAUUUAUGAUAUUUUAAGGAAUUAACGAAACCUAUAUAGAGAGAUCUGUUUAACGAAUUCCGAAUCUCUGAUUUCACUGUAUAAGCCACAUUAGUUUUUCGCAAUUACAGGUUUCUCUGCUGAAUUCGUUGUAAAAUUAUCAGUUGCUCAUCAAUGGAGGAUGCUGUGGAUCAGAAGAAGGCUCUUGAGGAAUCCUGCAAAUCUAGAUGCACAAAGCCUUAUGUUGAAUACAAGCAAUGUGUUAAGAGAGUUGAUGGUGAUGACUCUGGACAGAAGCACUGCACAGGGCAAUACUUCGACUACUGGUCAUGCGUAGACAAAUGUGUUGCACCGAAGCUCUUUCAGGAGCUGAAGUGAAUGGUGGUGCUCUAGCGUCGCCCGUUUUUCUUGUGUAGGUAAACUCUCGGCUGCUGCCGUCUAGCUUAUAAUCUGAAUGCCUGUUAACUGCUUUGUUGUUAACAGAACUUGGGCAUUCCAGAAUAAGUUUUGGUGCAUUUGUUGAGUAUUAAAUUUAGAGUAAUGAAAUAAUGAUUGGAUCAA